AGAUUUUCUAUCGGAGUGGACAAAAAACACUAUCCCUAUUUAACAAAUGCUUCCAAGCGCCUGCGUGCUUGGGUUUCUCAUAACGUUCGGACGUUGACUUUAGAGAGUAAAAACACCUUUGAAAGUUUACUUACACAACGACAUCCACCUUAGCGAGCAGGCUCCGUGAAGGCGAAGAAAAAGCAAUUGGAUCGGGCAUCAACCGACCCUGCUCCAUGGUCUUGUGGGCAAAGGAGUGCCGUUGUUGAUCAAAUACCAAACAAGGAGCUAGCUAGCUGAAGGCGUCGGUAGCGAAAGCAUCUAACAAUAGCAUCAUCAUUCGCUUCGUCUAACCAUCAAGAAAGGCCGUCGUGAUUUGCAUUGAGCAGUCUCUGGUUUCGUCCACAAGAAGACAACAUCACGCAUCACAAAAUGGGCAGCCUUUGGCAGCGAACCAAUCACAUGCGGCAAUCAUCAGCGUCAUGUCGAUUUCGUAGACCCAUUCACAGGAGCUGUGCAUCAGUGCUAGUGAGCCUGAUAGUGCUGUUGUCAUCAUCGCUGAUAUCAAAACAUGGAGUUGUAGUAGAGGCAGGCAACAACAACAACAACAACUACAAUCAAUACAAUGGGCAGAACUACUAUGGCAACAACUACAAUGGAGGAGGAGGAAACUAUCAAAACUACAACUACAACAAUAACUACAACAACAAUGAUGACGGAGGAAACAAUAACAACAAUGCUGAUGAUGGAGAUGACUAUUACGGAAACAACGACGAUGGCGCGAACAACUGGAACAAUGACGACAACGAUGAUGCCGGGGGCAACGGCAACAACGCCAAUGGAGACGACGCCAACAACAACGCCGAUGGAGACGACGCCAAUGGAAAUGGAGGAGGCGAUGCCGUCCAAGCAGAACAAGCCGCAUACGCCAAUGCCGACGAUGACGUCUUUCACUGGAACUCCAAUGUCGGGUUUGACGGAGUCAGUGUCAUGCCAAUCUCCUGCAUCAACUACAACGGCGGACAAAUGAUCAAGUUUCAGCUGUUUGACUCUGAGAACAGCUACCAAUGCCACUUCUCGGAAAUCGCAACCUUUGUCGUCUCGAUUGCUCACUACAUGAGAGGAUAUUUCAACUAUCAGGCUUUGGUCAAUGGCAAGGACUUUGAACUGCCGGCUGAUGCUGGAUAUCUGAACUGUGUCAUGCUGCAAGAAACAAUCCAAAACGAUUCUCCUCUCUACGCCAAAAUCGGAUGCGUCGAUCGGGAAACUUUCACCUCCACAAAGUUGCAGCUUCAUCUGUACACCGACAACCAAUGCUCGCAAAAGUUUGAUGACGGCCAAACCAGCCGAAGACAUGCAUCGAAAGGAUACGAUAUCAAUGGCUACAGCUUCCCUACACGAGUCUCCUUCCGCCCUCCAUGA